UUUAAUUGUUCUCUGAUGCAACAAAGCACACACAUUCACUGUAAAUGUGUAAACAGUAGUAUUAUGGUUAUUUGUUUAUCUUGUUUUGGUGAAUUAUGAAAUCUUAAGAACAAUAACCUCUUCACCAGAGCAUAAACAUACACCGUGUUUAUUUGACCUCACAGAGAGUGGGGUUUUCUGUCCAGUGGUAAACAGACAAAUCUCCCACUCAUUACCCUGACUUUUACUGUAACUUCAACCGCAGCUGAUUGUAGUUCAGGUCUGAUGUUACACAGUAGUGUCAGUGUACAGUGGCACAUUAGUUGAGCUAAAAAUCACCAUGUCAUAUUAUAAAUAACAGUAUUUUUUAUCUUGAGGUUUUGAGGUGAAUCUGUGGACCUCUGGCUCCCACAGUCCAGGGCUGCUGCAGGCUGAGAAAGUUGUCACUUCCACUUUACACCAAGUCUCUACCUAGACCUUCACUGUGUUACUACACCAAACACACAAACAAGAACAUGUCUACCUCAGACAGGAAUGUUGUCAUGGCUACUCGAAAAUCACAAUUAUUUAAGUGACAUAAUGUAUUUUGCAAACAAAAAAAAUCUCCAAAAAAAAAAAAGUCUCAUUUGUAAAGCUGCUGUUCUUUAGACUUGUGUCUUGAUGCAUUAUAUUCUUUUAGUUCAGUUGUUUCAGUUUCAGUCUUCUCUCCAAUACAUCUCCUGGAUGUAUUUAAAUGCACCAUUCUUUGCAGUAAUAAUAUUCUGACAGAUUCAUCCUCUUCCUAUCAUUUAGUAAUACAUAAUUAUAUCAAAAGUAGUUAGGAAUACCCCAGGAAAUAAUAAACUUGUAAAAAUUUGAGGCUGAGCGUAACGCUUGAAUAUGCAUAAUCAGGUUUGUUGACUUUUUGAUUCUACUGAUUUUGAAAAUAAUCUCACUGUCUGCACAAUCCAAGCUAGUCCAACCAUAAGGGCCUACUGUAUUUUUUGUGUCUGCAGUCCCAAGCCUGGAUAAAUGGAGCCUAUUGCAUCAUAUCACUUUUGUUAAGUAACUAAAUACAUGUAAAAUACAUAAUCUGAAUACUAAUUUUGAGUAACUCUGUUGUGGUACAGUUACUCUUACAUUUGGUGAUAUUCAGAAUACAGUUACUUUUCCAAAUUAAAAGGAAUAUGUGUCAAUAAUUAAUCAUGUAAUUUUUGCUUUGGACUGCAUGGGAAAAAGUAGACCUUUCAUGAGAAAUACUAUAUUGACUUUUCGUUCAAAAUAUCAAAUAGAACUUUAGGGAGUCAAUAUUCAUCAUGGGUGCUUUUUCUUUAUAGUAAUGGGACAUUUUUUGUUAUUUUGUUCUGCAAUAUGAUAAAAUUUGAGCUUUAGAAAGUUGAGUUAUGAAUUAACACAUUACACUUAAGGGUUGAAUGCUGCUAUUUAUUUAUACAGUUCAACAUAAUUUAAAAAUGUUGUACAUUUUGAAUACUUUAUUGUGAAUAAUUCUGCUUUAUGCUUUGGUUUAAAUAUUAUCGUUUAUCAUCUAUAUUUAUAUGUAGAUAUACUAUAUUCAUCAAAAUGUGUUAUUGUGACAGGUCUAGAAAAAAGCAAACAUACAAGUAGCUCUUAUAAUGUGUGUGCAUGUGUUUUUUCUUUCUAAAAUUAGAUAUAAGUUAAUGCAACAACUACAAACAGCUAGAUUUUUAUCAUGUUUUUACACUAUAAUUUAAAUGCAAUUCAGAGUAAAAGUAUUUUAAGUAUUCAGAAUAUAGUACUCUGAUUAGUCCAAUAAGAAACAAAACAAAAAACUAAACACACACACAAAAUAUAGGUGUUCAGUAUUGUGUAAUUAAAUUUUUAAGUAUUCUUCCAAUGACUGCCUAUAACCAAAUAUUGUGGCAACUACAUAGUAGUACUCUGAAGUAUGCUGGCUCUUAUGUGUCUUAUACAUCUUUAUUUUGCAUGCUUUUAAAUAGUAUGAUCCCGUAACAGAUUUAUGCAGAGACUUUGAUAAAGCAGUCACCAAGAGCACACCAUAUAUUUGUGAUUGUUAUGAAGCAGAGUGAGUUGUUUAAGUUAGAAGCUGCGGUGUCUGCAUACAUCCUGUCUCUUCUGUGUGCUCUGCCGUGGUGAUGGAGCACUUGGUGGAUGAUCAGAGGGAGCGUUAAUGGAGAAUCUAUGGAGCAGAAUAAACAGGCCUCUACAUUGUGUUUACUUUGUCUCUGCACGUCUGAUAGCUGGCGCGUAUGACCCUGACCCUGCAGCCCACACGCCCUCACUGGUCAAACAAACCUGAAUUUGUAAAGUUGAAGAAUGCACAGUGCACACCGCAUGCUAUGUGCUGUUGAAACACUGAUAAGAAGUGGGUGUGGGUUUGAGUGAGGGGUGGUCACGGGGGUCAUGCUGCCAAAUCUAUAAUGCAUUCCUGUUUCAACAUUUCACGUGAAAUCAUUUCAAUCAUUUAGUGACAAUAAUCUAAAACAAACUCAUUUUUAAGUUGCACCAAUAAAUAAAAAACAAAUAUGGUGUGUACAUAUUCUUGAUUUCUUGGUUUGUCGUGUAAGAGUUAAUGAAAAAUGUGUUAAUCUGAAAUCAGUUUGACACAUACUACAUUAAGGAGUCUUUAGUUGUUCAGUUAAUUAGCUGAUGGUGUCUGAAGUCAACCAGAUAUUUAUCAACCAGUUACUUCUUAUUUAUUAAGAUUAUGAGGAUUUAUAUGGACCACAGCACAAAGGAGAAAGCAUAGUGAGUUAGGUGCAGUUUCUGGAGUGAGAAUUAAAUCAGUCUUUUCAUUCAUGAAUAUAAAGGCCCCACCUGCUUGUCCAUGAAGGUAGACAAGUUUAAUAUCAUACUGUAGAACAUUCCUAGCAAAAUCUUCACAGACCCUCCACUUGAAAAGUUACAUAGUGCACCUUUAAAGUAAGAUGUGCAGUGGUAGUAAUUGUAUAGUGCCUAUCAAUAGUGCCUGUUGGAGAUAUAGUUGUAGUAACAGUCUUGUGUUCAGUGUUGAAUAGCCUAUAUUUUCAUGUAGCAACUUUCUUUCACAUGCACAAGAGAGUUCGUAAAUGUCUCUGUCUUUAUAUAAAAUAAAGAAUAUCAUUUAAGGAGGCAAAUCAACUACAGAAAUAUUUGAGUUUUCAGACCUGUAUCCUGGACAAUUAACUUUUAAGUAAGUAUAGAGCUGAGUGGAGGGAGUAGUGAGUAAAUAAGUUCGAGCCAUGUUGAAAUGAGAGAUAGAGGAAUGUGAGUGUGACUGUUUAAGAGAUGUGCAGAGGUCUGAGCAGAGGCAGGUGAUGGCCCCAGGCAGGAGCAAGUCAGAGGCUGAGGGGCUGUGAAUACUUCAGAUAGUGAGGGAUCACCUUUUGUCCCCUACUGUAAUAAUAAUAAAAAAUAUGUAUAUAUAAAAAUAAUUACAACAACAACAACAACAAUAAUGCAUUAGUAUUAUUUAGUAGUUCUCCAGACAUUUGAGGCAUUAUUUGAAGCACUCUCACAGAAGGUUGAUAAUUACCCUAGGUGUCUUGGGGUGGACUUGAUGUUAGCCAUUCUGUUAUUGCUGUUAUCUUUUUAUUUGCAGACAUGAUGAAGAUAGUUUGAGAAAUCUCAUAUCUGGAAAUUGGAAAAGGGUGCUAUUUCUUUUUGUAGGCAUCUUUCUGAAAACGCUUUGCUCUGAGCAGUACGGUGCAGAGCAGGUUGGUCAUUUUUAUUUUGUUCGUGAGCUGCACUGAAUUUGUGUGAGUUGUUGUAAUGGAGAGGUGCAUAGGGUGAUUCUGUUGGUAUUUCUCAAAAUGCACAACAUUGCUCUGCCUGUCUGGGGGAAUGUGACGAGUUGGUACCAUCACCCCUGCGGCUGUUUUCUCACGGGAAAACAGUCCGGUCACCAAACAGGCGUUUAGAGCACACGUGUGACUUUGGUUAUGUCCACUUUUUUAUGUUCUGUAGAAUAUAUUACUAAAAGUUGGCCUUUUUAUGCUGUCGCUGAAUAGUAACUAGAAAACCACUUUACACACCGUGCCAAAUGCGUUUAAAGCCUUGUGCAUUAGCUACUGUUCAUGUGUUGUUGUUGUUUCAUCCCAUUUUAAUAAGUCAUCUGUUUUUGCAUUCCGUUUUUGUGCUUCAGAUAGUGACAUGACUUAAAAACAACUUGUGCGUGUGUCCCCGUUUUAGCAUGCGUAAAACCCUCCUUCCAUCCAGAGUCAUGGGCGGAGGCCUUGGGCGGGUUUUGGGAAAAGCGCACGCGUCUCCCUCACGCAGGCUCAGCUGUUGGCACGCGCUCGUGGUGACGUUAGGCAGAGCUUGGGGCAAGUUUUUCACAGCUCCUGCUGCUGUGCACGCUGCCGUUUUCUUUCAGUUCUGUCAAAAGUUCUGGACACACAGUUGAGCGGGAUGCAGCCUUUAGAACACUAAAGGACUUUUUCUUUGGGCGACGUUUGUAGGAGCCUCACUCGAGGUUUGGGUGAGAGCUUCGAGGUGGGGCCAUGGGCAUGUCUGGGUCGUGGACAUUGCACUGGGUCACGGCUCUGCUCAUUUGUCGCGCUGUGGCUCAGUACUCCAGCGAUCUGUGCAACUGGCGUGGAAGUGGUUUGAGUCAUGAACCGCACCUCCGGGAUGUGGAGCAGGUGUACCUCCGCUGCGCCCAGGGCUCUCUGGAGUGGCUCUAUCCCACCGGAGCCAUUAUUAUAAACCUGCGUCCAAACUCAGAACCACUGUCCAGGCACACGACCGGGCUGCACGCAUGUAUCAAGCCUCACACGGACUCUAAGGGGUCUCAAAUAUAUUUGGAGCGAGCUGGAGAGCUAAAGCUGCUGCUGACGGAGGAACAGCAGUCCCAGGGUGAGGUGCACUGCUUCAGCCUGACAGAGGGGGCACUAUUUGUGGAGGCAGCUGCUCACUCAGACAUCAGCCGCAGGAUCACAACUUUUCAGUAUGAGCUGGUGUCCACAUGCCCAGGGGUGCACAUAUUCCCCUAUCUGCACCAGGGGCCAGUAACAUGUAAACCUUGUUCAGAUGAAGAGGUCCUUAAGGCAGUGUGCACCAGUGACUUUGUGGCCGUUGGUGUGUUCCACAGCACAGCCCCAGGUCCAGGCGCUCACACAGUGGCUGUGGUGGCACUGAGUCAACUGCUGCGUCAGAAGAGCAGUUUAUUUGUGUGGGCUGGAGGCAGGGGGCGCCGCUGGACGGGACGAGUCAAUGUGCCCACACAGUGCCCCCUUCCUCCUCAAAGAAACCAGUACAUACUGACUGGAUCGGUCCACUUUGGAGAGGCCUGGCUCGGCUGUGCACCCCGAUACAGAGACUUCAUGGACCUGUAUGAAAGAGCUCAUGAAGAAGGGACAAACCCUUGUGAAAUCAAUGUUUAUUGAUCAACAUCUGGUUGAAAACAGGAAAACCAAAACAGUGGAUGUAAGGGCAGUGAAACAGGAUUUAAUAUUUCUGAAGGACAGCCAUGGAUUGGAUGGACUUAUUCGUCUUAAUUUUUCGAUGAUCUUUGUUCACGAUCGUUCUGAGAGAGUGGACCAGUGUUGUUACAGUGAGUGAGGAGUGUUUCCUCAUAAUAAUACUGCUUGUGUGAUCAUUUUUUAAAUGAAUGUUUGCUUUGUAAAAAGCUUUUAUGUAAACUAGAAGUCUUCUUCUGACAGAAGUGUUAUCUAUGCAGCUCUGUGAGUCUUCAGUUUUUAAAUCUGUGUGGUUUUAUAUGUGAAAAAAAUAAAACUUUAUUGAAAGUUACUUUUGCAUUUGCAUGGUUAUCAUGUUAGAGGCUGCCAUGCAGUGGAAGGUGUAAACUGAGGUGACUGACCCUAAACUGCGUUGAGUCCUCAGGAAGAGAAGGAAUGGAAGGAAUGUCCCCAUGCACAGAACACACAGUGCUGCUGGGCAAUAAUAUAAUAAUUACAAGCUUCAUUUGACUGGUUUGGAUCAAAACUCAGAACAGUUAACGCAAUUUUAAAAAUGAACAGGCUAAUUGCAAACCCAGACAACAAGAACAGAACAGAAAGGUCUUCAUCCAAACUUUUAGGGCGAGAGGGACAUCUAUAUAUAACGUGUAACAUCCUUGUCUUGUGUACGUGUUUGUCCUGGGUGGAAGAGCACAGGCCACGCGCCCCGCACACGGUCCACAUACAAAUACCGCUGCGCAGAAACCCAAUCCGCAGACUACUGCACCCCCUGGCAACCAGCCCCCGUGCCUCUGGCAUCGGCCCAGGGCCUCUGGCAUCCCCGCUAAUUCGGGACACACUUAUACAACUGCACGCGGACUUCAUGGUAACCUUUUGCUGGUGAAGCGCGCACGAUAUGGAAACAGUUGAGACGCACAGCUGCGCGAGUCAACUGGAGACAAGGGAAUGGCUGAGCUCAGGGAAAAUACACUUGCGCCUCCGUCCGCAUUUAACCAGCGAUGGUAUUUAAUGGUCAGGGUGAGGCCAGUACUUUUAUAUCACCGAGCCUAUAGAAACUUUAAUUUAAGCAUUGUUCACAAAAGACGUUUGUUUGCAGUAAAAUAAACUCAAAUUUGUGAAUUGUUGAUUUAAAUGGAAACACAUGGAAGCUCUUUCAACACUGACUGACAGCACUUCACUUUAUUGAGUUGAAUGCCCUCUAGUGGUUGUACUAAAAUGUGUUUUUAUGCCAUCUUUCAAGCGUUCACUGAAACGUCUGUUGCAUCAUAUUUGAUAUUUAUACACUUCUCCUAAUCUGUUUUAAUAAUUAAAGAUGAUCAGAGUCAGAUAGUAAUAAACACAGCAUUACACGAGCGUUUUUUACUGUCUUUUACUGUCAGUAGCAUUUUAUCUGGGAUAGACUAUAACAUAUUUAGUCAGGUCAGGUGCAGUAUUGAAUAUUUUUAUAUUUGUUCUAUUAUAUCACAUCGGUACGGACACUGGGAGGGCUCACAGCAAAUGUAAAAGCUGUAAAAUUAACACGCUGCGUCAUCAUCGGAACAAAAUGUAGAAGUGAAAGUCACACCAAUGGCUAUUCAUAUUUGAGAUGCCGAAUAACAUUUUCUAUCAUGUUGGCUUCAAGGAAACUGCUCUUCAGCCUCUGCUUCUGAUGCUGGAAAAUACUGGUGUGGGGUGAGCAGAUCAGGAAAGGAUAUCUAUACUGCAGUGACCGUGCAUGUUAAGUCAGAUGAGUGUUGUGACAGUGUCCAUAGCAUCCAGAGGUAUGAGGGCAGCACUGUGUCC